AAUUCAUAUUUUAAUUUUCCGUCAAACGUUCAAUCAAAAUCACAAGUUUUUAUUAAAAUUUCACCAAAAUAUCAGCCGAAGAACAGACAUCAUGACCAGCUUGCGCGAGAUGAAGUUGGAUGAUCUUUUUAAGUUCAAUUCCCUCGUCCUUGACCCUCACACCGAAGUGUACAGCCUGAAGUUCUUCCUGACACAUCUCCUGAAGUGGCCGGAGCUCUCACAGAUCGCUGUGGCCCCUGGGCCUGGCGGUCGUCGGGUGGGGUACAUCUUUGGCAAGUAUUUGGAGAGCAAACUCUACGAGUGGCACGGGCAUGUAUGCGCACUGACCGUAUCUGAUGAUUAUCGCCGCACAGGCGUGGCCACACUACUGAUGAGACACAUCGCCAGGGCGCUGGAUGCCAAGGGAGCCCUGUACGUGGAUCUCUUCCUGCGCUGCAGCAAUAGACCGGCCUUGUCGCUGUACAGCUCCCUGGGAUAUGUCCUUCGAAGAACCGUACUGGACUACUAUCCGGACGAGCCCGUACCGGAGAAUGCUUUCAAUAUGAGAAAGCCUUUGGCACGUGAUGUGCUACGUAGGUCGGUGGCUGUCGUAUACACGGUUCCCCAGUGCCUAUCGGAGGAUGACUCGGGUGACCAUUGAUCCAUAAAUUCUGCAUAGUAUUCGGCAUACAUUAAGGAUUAUAUUUGUGUACAGCUAAUUAAAGAAACUCAAUUGCUCUGAAUGCUUGGCGGCAGACGAA